AGGUUCUACUACUUUCGAAUCCUAGCAUCCAAUCGAGAGCCCAUAUCCCAAUUAGGUACGAAUUAAAACCCUUACUCAACCGAUACGCUUCGAAUUUCCAGCAAUGGCAGCCGCCGCAGCACCGCCGCAGCCACCGUCCGCAGCCGCCAUCACCCUACCGGAAUCCACCCCUUCCGGCGACACGCUCUUCACCCGCAUCCGUCUCGCCACUAGGGACGACGUUCCCCACAUUCACAAGCUCAUCCACCAAAUGGCGGUUUUCGAACGCCUCACGCAUCUCUUCGAAGCCACCACCGACUCCCUCGCCGCCACUCUAUUCCCCCCAAAUCCGCCGCCGUCUUUUACUUCCUUCACUGUCUUCCUCCUCGAGCUCUCCUCCGUCCCGUUCCCCGCCACCACCGACCGCAAUUUCGCUCCAAUUCUGAAGUCCAUCCACAUCGAUCUCCCAAUCGACGAUCCCGAGAGGCGCGAGUUCAGAAGCAACGCCGGAGAUGUCCAAACAAUUGGAAACGACGCGGCGGUCGCCGGAUUCGCGUUGUUUUUCCCCAAUUACUCGACAUUUCUGGCGAAGCCUGGGUUCUACAUCGAGGAUAUCUUCGUGAGGGAGUGUUACCGGCGGAAGGGUUUGGGGAAAUUGCUGCUGUCGGCGGUGGCGACGCAGGCCACAAAGAUGGGGUACGGGCGGGUGGAGUGGGUGGUGCUGGACUGGAACGUGAAUGCGAUUGCGUUUUACGAGCAGAUGGGAGCUAAGGUAUUGCCGGAGUGGAGGAUUUGCAGGCUUACUGGAGAAGCACUCGAGGCUUAUGCUACUGAUUCCUCACAUAUAUGUUUUAUUAAAUCAUUGCAGAUUCCUCACAUAUAUGUUUUAUUAAAUCAUUGCAGAGUGACAAGUGUCUUUGUUCCUAAUUUGUUUAUGUCGGACAAUAAAUUAUUGAAAUUGGAUGGUUUUAUUGGUUGCCAUUUUAACUGAUGGAGGUGGUACUUGUAAAACUUCUAUGAUAGGUGCAUUGAGAUUCCAUUCAUCUUCUAUUAUUAUAUUAUGUAUAAUAAUGCAAACAAUGAUAAUAUCAUGC